UCGAGUGUUUCGAAGCCGCGGCAACAGGCUGCUUGGCCGACAUUUUGAUUUAUUUAUUUUUAAAUCGGUGCGGUCAUGGGAAACAAAAUCGUCACCUUUACAGAACAACAGUUGGAGGAUUAUCAGGACUGUACAUUUUUUACCAGGAAAGAAAUACUUAGAGUUUUUAAAAGAUUCCGAGAAGUGAAUCCAGAUUUGGUGCCCAAACGUAUGACUGGAGACCAGGCCCACACAAUCGCUGUGCCCGUUGAGGAAAUAGAGAGAUUACCUGAACUUAAAGAGAAUCCUUUCAAGCGGCGCAUAUGUCAAGUAUUCUCACACGAUGGCUCCGGGAACCUCACGUUCGAGGACUUCCUCGACAUGAUGUCCGUGUUCAGCGAAGCAGCACCGAGGGACAUCAAAGCUUGGUACGCAUUCAGAAUCUACGACCUAGAUGACGACAUGUAUAUAGGCCGAGAGGAUCUACUCGAGGCGACCAGGCUGCUCACCAAAGGGGAGCUUCAUCCUCAGGAGCGCGAGGAGAUCGUGGCCAGCGUGCUCGACGAGGCAGACGUGGACGGCGACGGGCGGCUCUCCUUCAUGGACUUCGAGCAUGUGGUGGUCAGGGCCCCCGACUUCCUCUCCACAUUUCAUAUCAGAGUAUAAUAUUGUGUGUUUUAAUAAAUUUAUAGAAACGUU